AUGAGUCUGAGCGCAAAGAUUAAGGACAUCCUCCACUCCGACGAGUCCAAGGAUACCUCAGAAACAUCCCACCAUCCCCCAGGAUCAUUCCCAACAGAAGACAUGGAGCCCAGCGAAACUCACCAAGGCUACUCCAAGGGAUACGAACAGAACAAGCUUCACAAGGCCGAUGACCCCCGAGGCCACGCACACAAAGACUCUGGUGUUGGUUUCACCGAGUCCAACGAUCCUGCUUCCUACAAGCCCUCCCAAGAACCCAUCUCCGAGCGACGCGACGAUCCUCUAGACAGAACUACCGAGCCUACUACAGCCGCUGGGGGCUUGGGCGACACUAGCAAGGUCCCAGCCACAGAGGGAGCCACUGGCGCUGCUGCUCCAUCUACCCAAGAUCCUCCUUACUGGGGAGAUCUUCCCAGCGAAGGCGUUCACAACACCGUUAUCGGUCACGGUAGCCCUGAAGACGAGAACGCACGUCACCGAGCUGUUCACUUCGGCGCGACCGAACCAACUCGUACCGCUGGUACUCUCGAGAGCGGAACAUUCCUCCACCGAACCGAUCGCGACACGUCCUCUACAACCAACCCCCACGACGCUCAGCGAUAUGGCCAGGAGAACCCCAGACAAACAUCUGGCUCGCACUUCAGUGAGGGCGUAGCUGGUGCUGGAGCCGCUGGCGCCGGUGCUCUUGGAGCUCAUGAGCUUAACAAGCGACGUCAUGCCGAUGAUACCUCGACACCAAGCAAGGUUGACCAAACCACCGACAAGGCCCAUGAUGAACACAAGGGACGAUCAUUCCCUCUUCUUGGCAAGGAUCACAAGGACAAGGAGACUCACCACAAGGAGACUCACCACAAGGAGGAUAAGCACGCCAAAGAGCCCAAAGAGCAUGAGAGCAAGCUCGGUGCUCUGUUCCAUCGAAAGGGAUCCAAGGAUAAGACUGAGACGGAGGCCAAGGCUGAACAGGAAGCUGAUCGGGAGAGACAUGGUCACUCCAAGACUGGUCCUGCAGCCCCUGCUUUAGCUGCUGCUGGAGCUGCCUGGGGCGCAAACGCUGCUGGACGAGGACAUGACGACAAGACUCAGCGUGAUGCGACAGCGACACAGGAUCUUUCUGGUACUCGAGGUGCGACUCAGUAUCCUGCUUCUGGACUUGACUCUGCCAGGGACUACAGCAGCCAACCUACUACUGGUACUACUCGGCAGCCUUACCAGCAGGAUAGCUCUCACCCAGGUGCUGGCCUUGCGACUGGUGCAGUUGCUGGUGUUGGCGCUGGCGCUUUGGCGUCGCACUAUGCUCAGCGAUCUGACAAUGACCGUACUGGUGCUCAUACUGGCACUGGCUACGACUCCCAGAGCUAUGAUCCUUCUAGCACUUCUACUAGAGACCCUACUUCUCAGACCUACCAACAGCAGGGCUCUCACGGAGACCAUAGUCUCGCCAAGGGCACUACCGCUGGUCUAGGUGCCGGCGCACUUGCUUCUCACUCGGGCCAGCACUCUAGCUCUAACCAGCCUACAACCCUGGGCUCUUCCUCAGCAUAUGGUACCCAGCCAGACCAACCCGCCAACUUCUCUCUCAAGGACCCCGCUGGCCAGACUUACCAACAGCAAGACUCUCACCGAGGUGCAGGCCUCGCUGCUGGUACUGCCGCCGGUCUUGACGCUGGAGCAUUGGCCUCUCGAUCGGGCCGUGAGCAUGAGACUUCUGGUCAGCAUACUGGUCUUGACUCCAGCCGAGGUUUGGAGUCGCAGGGCACCCAGUCUGCUUACAGCUCUACCAAUCCUACUUCUCAGUAUCAGCAGAACAGCUCUCAUCGUGGCGCUGGUCUCGCUGCCGGUACCGCUGCUGGCCUUGGUGCUGGCGCCUUAGCCUCUCGAUCUGGUCAUGAUCACGAGACUACUGGUCAGCAUUCUGGACUCGACUCUAACCGAGGUUUUGAGUCGCAGGGCGCCCAGUCUGGCUACAGCUCUACCAGAGACCCCACCUCUCAGCAGCAGCAGCAGCAGCAGCAAGACUCUCACCGUGGUGCAGGUUUAGCUGCCGGUACUGCCGCUGGACUUGGCGCUGGCGCCCUGGCCUCUCGUUCUGGUCGUGAUCAUCACUCUGAUCAGCCUACUGGCCUUGAGUCCAACCGGGGCUUCGACUCUCAGAGCAACCAGCCUACUCAAGCUUCGACUCGCGACACAACCUCUCAGUCAUACCAGCAGGAGGGAUCUCAUCGAGGUGCUGGACUUGCUACUGGUGCCGCUGCAGGUCUCGGCGCUGGAGCUCUUGCUUCCCAUGAGUCGAACAAGCGAGACGAGGAUCGAUACUUGAGCAACGACAACUCCAGGGCCGCUCACCCUGGCACUACUGGCACAGGGGCUGGCUUUGGUACUUCUUCCUCUGCUUUCGAUAGCUCUCGACAUGAACCUUCCCGAAAGUCUGAGCACUCUCAGCGCUCAACUGGUUCUCACCAUUCUACACUCACUGAGAACGCCAACGCUGGAAAGUACAACACCCUCGCAUCCGGUACUCCCUCCGGUGUCGCCUACGAUGAUGAUCUCGACACCAGCCGCUCUACCCAAAAGCCCUACGUCGACGCAUCCCAGAAGAAGGAUGAUCACUUCGGUGCCAAGGCAGCUGGUUUAGGUGCCGCUGCCACUGGAGCUGGUACAGCUGCUGCUUUGUCUCGCAACAAGGAUGAGAAGCCUGUUGAGGAGAAGACUCGCAAGGAGCCUGAGACUGAGCGUAAGCUUGAUCGCGAUACUGAGUCUCACAGGCCCAUCACUGGUGCUGUUGCUCCUCAGUUGGGAACUAACAAGCCUGUUAUUCACAAGUGUCAGAAGUGUGGUGAGGAUAAUGAUAUUAGCCAGUACUUUACUUCCAACUCUGGAAAGAUCUAA